UCAAUUCCCAAACCCAUUCAUUCAUUCCUUUCAUAUCUCUCUCUCUAAAAAACUCACUCUCCUUUCUCUCUCUAGCUCAAGCUCAACCAUCUGAUCUAUUCUCGUCAGUCAUGAAGCACUUGAUCAGACGGCUGUCACGAGUCGCCGACUCCUCACAAUACUGUCUACUCCGCUCCGACGGCUCGGCAGCCGCCUCCGCCACUCGUCGUCCGCUCAGAACCGAGUCUCUCAGAGUUAAGCUCCGUCGCCGGUCCUCUUCCACUCCGGCACCGGCCGUCGUUCCCGAAGGUCACGUUCCGGUUUACGUCGGCGAUGAGAUGGAGCGGUUUGUGGUCAGCGCAGAGCUCCUGAACCACCCGGUUUUCGUUGAGCUUCUCGACAAAUCGGCUCAGGAGUACGGCUACGAGCAGAAAGGUGUUCUCCGGAUCCCCUGUCACGUGCUCGUCUUCGAACGAGUCCUUGAGGCUCUCCGACUCGGUCAUAUUCAGUCACGUGACCUCCGUGACCUUAUCGACUCUCAAUAUUCCUCCGAAGAUUUCAUCCAUGCCUGAUCAGAACUCUCUCUCUCUCUGUCUCUUUUUUUUUCCUUCUUCUUCUAUUUUUGAAGAGAAGAGUGAGAUCUUGGUAGAUUUCGUAAAUUAGGAGAAAUGGUUUUGCCCUUUCUGUAAAUAUACUUCUUCUCCAUCGAAACGACGCAGUUUCACGACGACGAACACAAAGAAUUUUAGGUCUUUGUUUUUUUAUCUACCAUUUUUUCUUUUUUGUUUCAGUGUAAAGAGAAAGAUACUACUCUCUGCUUCUAUUAGUGCUCUCUGUUACUUAAAAAAGAUAUGUAGUCGUAGUGUUAAAAUGAAAAAUUUACUUGUGUCCAA